AUGAGUUCAAGAAACCUUGACGACACCCAAAGCGAGAUUUUGAACCAAUUCCAGGCAAUUACCCACACUGAUGACGUUGAUGCAGCAGUGAAUCGGUUGAUACACUAUGACUGGAACCUCGAGCGAGCGGUAGAAAGUGUCUACGAUCCUAGCAAUUCACACGAUGCCACGCGUGAAGCUCUCGAAGAAGAGGUCGCCUCCAGUGCAGCACAGCAGCAGCAGCAGCAGCAACACACACCUUCCACACAACGUCCCACUACAGCACCACAGCCUCGUACAGGUGUUUUUGCACUUUUUGCAUGGCCAUUUGGUAUUGCUUGGAACAUGACUUGGUCUAUACUUUCCUUUGUUAUGCGUCUCCUAUCAAGGCCCUCAAUCACUCAUACCCAAAGCAGCACAUCAAAUCGUCAAGAUUCUCGUUCACUUGCUCAACAAUUCAAACGCGAGUUCGAGCUCAAGUUUGGUGAGACACACGUUGAGUUUUUCGAAGGCGGAUAUUCGCAAGCAUUAGAAACGGCACGUCGCGACUUGAGGUUCCUUUUUGUCAUUCUCCAAAGUGAUGAACAUGAUGAUACGGAAGAAUUUUGCAGAAAUACGCUCACGUCCCAAGAGUUGAUUGAUUAUAUGGGUCAGCAUAAUAUUCUUGUUUGGGCAGGCAAUGUUCGUGAAACAGAGGCAUUUCAAGUGGCUGGUACCUUACGGACAACAACAUACCCUUUUAUGGCUAUUAUUGCAUUACAGCAGAUGGGAGGAAACAAUGGAUUGAGAAUGACUGUGGUCGAUCGUAUCGAGGGUACAGCAUUGCCAGCAACCAUUAUCCAGCGACUCGAAAGGGCCAAUCGACGACACAGUGCUGGUAUGAACCGGUUAAGAAUGGAACGUGAUCAACGAGAUAUGGAACGGCGUUUACGAGAGGAACAGGAUCGUGCUUAUCGGGAAAGUCUUAAGGCGGAUCAAGCAAAGGAACGUCAAGCACAGGAAGCACGUCAAGCAGCAGCAAAAGCAGCAGAGGAAUCUCAGCGGGCUGAGCAAGCUCGACAAGAGCUUGAAGAGAAGCGUGAACAAUACAUCCGUCAUUUAUGCAGCACCCUGGUGGAAGAGCCCAAUGAUGCUUACAAUGGCCAGGUUGCCAAGAUCAAUUUCCGACUCGCUGAUGGAACACGCGUUGUGCGUAAAUUUCGUGGGGAAGACACAAUCGAGGCUUUAUAUCACUUUGUGGAGGCAUAUCCUUUAUUGAAGAAUGGACAAGACCAACAGCACGUUGAAGCACCUGAAGGAUACACCCAUAAAUACAACUUCACCGUGAUUUCAUCCUAUCCACGCGUAGCACACGAAUUCAGUAGCACUACCCAAUUAAAUGAAGUCAAGUCAUUAUGGCCAACUGCCACCCUGAUUGUAGAAGCAGACGAUGACGAAGAAGAUGAGGAUGAUGAAUAA